CUAUGAGGAUUGACUCGCUUUCGGAGCCAGCCUCAAGUGGCCAUUGGAGGAGCUGCGGUUUUUGGCACUUCUGCUUGGAUGAAUCCCAUGUGAGACUGUUUGUUUUUUUCUAGAAACUUUUUCAGGAAUAUUCCACAGGCGUUUUUCAUAUAAGACAUUUGAACGUGUGAUGAGAGGAAAAGCACAGGCAUAGGGGCCUGAGCAAUGAAGCAAGUGGAGCAAAUGCAUCCCCAUUAUUCAGUUAGGGAGAACAAAAUUAUGGUUGUGCUAGCCCACUUUUUGUCUUUUUAAAAAUAAACUUAUCAUCAUACAGUCCCCACAAUCAGGUGAUUAUAUUAAAGCAGCCUAUAUCAAUGAUCAUUUUUCUAUUCUCAACAACUGAUAAAAACAAGUAAUAAAAAAAAUCUGACGCUUUUGGACUACCAUUUUAGUUGAGACCAACCCAUCAUGAGAGAGACAGAAAGACAGAGUGGAGCUUUUCCUCAAAGCGCCAGAGUGUCUGAAUUAACAAACCACUGAACAUUUGGAAAGUAACUUGUUUAGACCUCUGCAAAAUACUCUGCAUUCAUUUCAGUUUUAGUCAGACUUUGGAUGGAAUUAUCUUUAAAUAUGAUGAGGCAUCACUCCAUGUAAUGUAAUCUCUCAUCCAGUUGCUUUGCACUGUGCUUUCAUUAUUAUGAUUAUUCUCUCAUUUCCUGAUACAGGGUAAAUGAGAGCUGUAAGUUUAGUCUAAGGGGAAGUAAGGUCUAGUCCUCAACUAAAAUGGCCCUUUUAAGUCUUGAGGAGCAAAAAUCACCCUCUGAGUUGUGCAUUAAAAUAGUCCUUGAUUUGAGAUAAUGAAGAUUAAAAUAAUCUGCAUGCACCUGGACCCUGAAACCAACGCAGCUAAAUGGUAUUCAGCCGUCAUUCAUUUUACACCUGUGCUUUUCCUACUGUGACAUGAAUGUCUUGGAAAAAGGCCUACUGCACAUGCUAGCUCAGUGACAUGACUUAUGCUGCGUUCACACUAUCUCGCAUGGUUGGGAUAGAUUGAAAAGAGUUGAUGUUAGUCAUAGGAGGGUUUGAAAUACUUACAAAAUUACAUUAUAUCAAUUAAAUUUGGGUUUAAUUACAUUGAAUGACAGACUUUGGCUGAUGUAAGCAAUCCAGGUUUGCUUGGUUUUCAGGCACUUUGUAUUAUUAAGUACCAAAUCGGAUAUGUCUGAGCUUUCAGAAAAAUCCCAGUUUCCCAGUUCUGGGUUUAAAAAAUAGAUUUUCUGAUUCAAAUCAAUCUUCAUUUGAAUUAUCCAAUAUCGAUUCAUAAAAUCCCGAGAUCAAUCUUUUAAUAUAUGCCUAUUCCCAUAACCCCGUUAGCCUUGUGUGGCCAACAUUUGGUUCUUCAUGCAACUGGAUCUGGCCACGUGAGAUAGUGGGCAAUAACGUGUGUGUUACAGUUUGGAUCAAGUUGGUUAUGGACCAGGCUUUAUGUGACUACAAAUAAAUUUCCAUUCAACAUUUUCCCUGCCUCCUGUGGACUUGUGAGUACAUUGGGUUUCACAAGAAAAGUGGAUUUAAUUCAGUGGGACAUGAGUCAUAACUAAUAUACUUUGCAGAUUAAAUGGCUUAGGAACUUGGAACAUGGUAAAACGGCCAUUUUUAAAUGAGAGAGGAAAAGAUGAUGGAGUGAUAAUAAUAUCUUUCCCCAUCUCUUCUUCCCCUGGGGGGCUGCCUCCCCGUCUUUCAUCCUGGAGGGAGAGGGUGGGGGGAGAGAGAGGAAGGAGUGAGAAAAAAAACAAAGAUUGGUAAAGGUAUAGAGAAAUAAUGACAGGCAAAUGACAGAUAGGACUAAUUGUGAGGCAAAAAGACAAAGAGAAAUAGAAAAGGAAUGAGAGGAGGAGGCACGUAAUUCAAUCAUCACCUCCCAUUUCUCUUCAUGAAUGACCUACAGUAACUCUGCAGUCAAAGGAGGGAUGAGGACCUAUGUGCUUUCUCUCUCUCCCCCCACCCACUUCUCGUUUCCUCUCAUGUCCUCUGCUCUGGUACCCCUAUAUAACCUCUGACACAGACCCUCUCCCUGUCAUAGUGAUGGUAGUUAGCAACAACAGGUGUCUGAGUGUCAGAGUGGUACUGGGUUACAGAUAUUUGAGGUUUCUUUGUGUGUAAACUUUAUUAGAUAAAACAUUUGAGUGUUCUGUCCAGUUGAGCAGAAAACAAAAAAAUUCAGACCUAAAAGACAAACUGUAGAGUGGUGAUUUGAGGUGAACAUGACAAACCAAUCAGCUUCCAUCCUGAGAAUGGCCCUGCUGCUGCUGCUGCUGCUGGUGUACAGUACAGAUGCUAAGAUGGAAAUCAUUAACAGUAAGAAAGAUGUGUCGGUGGGAGAAGACGUCUUACUAUUGUGUAAAGCUGGGGGAGAAGGAACGAUAACAUGGAAAAAGGAUGGAGAGGACGUAGACGAAGAAAACGUGCAACCAGUGGAUGAGACCUCCUCUAAAUUGAACAUUAAAAAGGUUAGGAUGUCGGAUGCGGGCAUGUAUACCUGUCUGUGUGAGUUCGACAGCGGACACAAUGAUGAAGCUCAGGAAAGGCUGUAUGUUUAUGAGGGUCCAUCGUUUGGCAGCAACAAGACCUACUAUGAGUUUCUUGAGGGCGAUGAUGCAAGUGUUCCGUGCCAGGUGUCUGGCCGGCCAGCAGUGGACGUUCUAUGGCUCAAAGACAAGGAAGAAAUCCCUUCAAAUGAAGGAAAACGUGUGCAUAAACGGAGUGAUAACGCACUCAUUAUUGAAAAAGUUAAGAGAGGCGAUGCUGGGACAUACAUAUGUCAAGCCAAGAUCAAAAAUAGACCCGUCCUGGAAGAGCUCUCCGUCUCCGUUGUCGUCAAUGCUCCUCCUUCUGUAAGUGUGAAAGAAGAUGAGAAGAGAGUGAUAGCUGGAUCAGACACCAAUGUUUCCUUGUUGUGUCUGGUGGACGGCUUUCCAACACCCACAAUCACCUGGAAAAUGCCGGUGGAGUUUGACCACUCACAUCAUCAGUUCAACUCCGACCGUAGCCAGUUGACUGUAUUGUCUGUUGUCAGAGCCGACUACGGGGAGUACAUCUGCACCGCCACCAACAAGAUAGCUGAGAGAAAUGCCACCAUCACAGUUCAUGUCUUUGAGGCCCCAGAUGUGUCUGUGACAGCAGAGGAGCAGAAUGUGUCAGUGAGUGAGCGUGUAUCUGUGUCCUGUAAUGUCUCUGGACAUCCUCAGCCUGAGCUACACUGGCUCAACCCCAUUGGACAAAGAGUGAGCUUUGCUUCUGGGCGAGUCCAUGUCACGGAUGGUAUUUUGGUGAUUGAAGACAUGAUGCCCUCUGAUGGUGGACUGUAUUCCUGCAUGGCUGUCAGCCCCCAUGGAAAUGCCUCCAGAAAAGUUGCAAUACUCACCCAGCCUGGUCGACCUCACUACCUGUCAGUCUCACCUGGGCUCGCCUCAGUCCUCUUCUCACUCAAAACCGAACCCGUCAGUGGAGGAACAACAAUCACAAGCUAUGUCCUGCAGUGGAAGCAAAGUCCAGAAGAACAGUGGAAGGAGAUCAUAGUCCCAGCUUCAGAUGCACUAAUUGUCAACUCCCUCAAGCCAUACACAAAGUACAUGGUGCGUUUAGCUGCCUUGAAUGCACGGGGACUGGGAGAGUUUUCAGACACAAACAACGUCCGCACACUGGGAAUGCGAGGUGAACCAGACAGUCCAGUUUUACAGACCAAUGCGAUGAAAAUAGAAGCGAACUCCUUCUUUGUCCCCCUUAAAAAGAAUGAUGAUGGAAUUCCUCUGCUGAACUACAACAUACGAUACAGACAGGAUAAAGAGGGGGCUGAGUGGAAAGAGAAGGAGAUGUCAUCGGAUGCUGAUUCUGUCUUCCUCAAGGACCUGCCUUUGGGCUCUCAGUAUCACCUGGAAGUGACAGCAGUCAAUGCUAAUGGUUCCUCUAUCCCUGCCAAGUUCAGCUUCACCAUCGCAGAACAGAAAGGCGGCGUGACCAAAGGCAGCGUUGUUGGCAUCGUCAUGUUGAUCUUCCUGAUUGUCUUCUUAGCGGUAGACGCCACCUGCUGCUACAGAAAUCGCUGCGGUAUGCUCAUGUUCAUCGCCGUGAAACUCUUUGGACAGAAAGUUCCAGGCCUCAAAGGGGUUGAAGAUGGAGAGGGGACCACGAAUGGAGAAGUGAAGCUGAAUGGACUAUCUACUCCGAGAGGCAGUGUGCAACAGGCAGAAGUUCAGACAAAGGAGGGGGGGCUCACAGAAGUCACCUGUGACAAAGCCCCUCUCACCAAACACGAGAAAACACAGCCAGGUCGAGACUUGCCUACUGCUGACCCAUGAGUCCCGCAACUGGAAAAACAAGAAACAACAAAUAAUAAGUGUGGACCAACAAGUGGUAAUGUAUCGACAACAGGAGAAGAUAUCAAACCAUCACUCAGUCUUAACAACUGACUGAGAAGAGUCAGCGAUCUCUACAUCAGAUGCAGCUACGAUGGGAAAAAGUCAAAGUGAUUGAUGUUGUCGACUUGUGUUAAAACUAUAACAGCCUCUUUCAGACCUCUGUGCUAUUGAAGUAAACAGUGAGAGGACAGCGGGCCUGUGUUCAGCCUCUCCUGACAUCAUGUCCUUUCCUCAGGAUGAAAAACCUUCCAGCUUCCAGCUUGCAUGAAGACUGCCAGAGACUACAGACAGGAUAUGAUGUCAUUUUGUAGUCUUUUUGUAGUUCUGUCCGCUCUGAGAUAGAUUAGUUCAAUAUAAGAAAACUAAAAUCUCCUUUUGCAGGGUAAUCAUGAUGUCUGUGUUUUACAGGGUAAAAAUAUCAGUGUUAUUCUUUUAUUCUGCAUUUUGAAUGUUGUACACAGACACAAAGUAUUAUUUUAUUUUACUCUUUAAUCAUAUCAUGAAUAUCCUGUGUAAUGCAGCUUUUUUUACCUUUUGUCUGUGUUAGUAUAAUGUCAAUUCUUUUCAUUGUUAUUGACUUUUUAUCAUAACAUUGCAUUGUGGCUGCUACUGAUCAUUAUCUUACUUUUAGAUUAAAUGUCACUGUAUUCUGUUAUUGACCAGCAUAAUCAAACAUUUAAAGGGCAAUUAAGCUUAAACUAAAACCAAUUAACCUUAAUAUGAUUAUUAUGCACUGAUAUUUAUUGGUUUUAAGACAGCUUUACUGUCAAGCACUUACCUGUGAAAAAUCUUUGAAUGGGCAGCAGCUAACACUGGCCACUCGGAGGACCUGUAAUUAAAAGCUACAUUUAUCUAACCUUCUUUAAAGUACCUGUAAUAAUAAUGUAAAUCAUAUAUACAUCUAAGUAAAUGGACUAAGACUAUAAGUUUUGUAUUUUAUAGUCAUAUUUUACAAAUCAAACAUCUAACUAACUCUAAUGUAACUCUGCUGUUUUUUGUUCACAAGAUAUUUGACAGAAAGGUAUGCAUGUCUGCAAAUUACCUGAAAAUAUGAAUGAAGUGUUUUGAUAUUGUUGUAAUAUUGUAUUGAACACUGUACAUGGUUGUACAUACACAUGUUGUUACAUCUUUGUGCUUUAUAAAACAUGGCCUGUUAAGCAGCUUUAUGUGUUAUUUGCCCAUCAAAUAAAUGUUUUUCUUUCUCAUUUUAGCAGCAACAUCAUCACAUACAGUAAAAUUAUUACUAUAACACCCAAUGGAAAAUGUUUUGGUCUUUAAUGGCUGUACAAAUCCUGAAAAUCAGAUAUCUAUUCAGAGAGCCAAAGACUGACAGGAUUAUGCUCCUUUCAAAAAGACUGAAUUGAUCCUGCAGAUGACUUUAACAAUAAAAACUAGAGUUCUAUUUAUUCAGGAUUUAUCAUCAUACCCUCCAACCCUGUCUCCUGCAAAAUACAUUUAUAUAUCACUAAAUUAUUUUCUCAAUAAAGUUGUGGUGACAAACAUGAUCACUGCCUGGAUUAUGUUCAGAUGCAACACUUUUUAGUGAAGGAAUCACUUUAUGUACCGCACCAGAAUCGUUGGUAGGUGGUCGGGGAGGAUGGUGGACGUCCACAUAC